UAACAGGUUUCCAGUAACUUCCUCCUCCCCCUCCAGUCCCACCUCUUGUACCCAGGCCAGGGCCACGUCCUCUCCCAGGUCCCAGAUGUCCAGUUCCAGAUGCCUGGUCCCAGAAUGGGGAAGCCCUGGAGAAGCCCUCCCUCCACCAGCUGCUCAGGCAAGAUGUGGUGGUUGCUCCUCUGGGGAGUCCUCCAGGCUUGCCCCACCCAGGGCUUCGUCCUCUUGGCCCAGCAGCACCCCCAGCAGUUUUCAUCCCCUGGGUACCCCGAGCCGUAUCUCAAAGGCCAGGAGAGUGCCCUUGACAUCCAGGCUCCAGAGGGCUUCGCUGUGAGGCUCGUCUUCCAGGACUUCGACCUGGAGCCAUCCCAGGACUGUGAAGGGGACUCGGUCACAAUCUCAGCCAACGGGAAGGAUCUCAGCCGGCUCUGCGGUCAGCAGGGCUCCCCUCUGGGCAGCUGUCCCAGUCCCAGGGAGUUUGUGUCCUCCGGGAGGCGUUUGCACCUGACCUUCCGCACACGCUCUACCCUGGAAAACAAGAGUGCCCACCUCCACAGGGGCUUCCUGGCUGUCUACCAGGCUGUGGCUGUGAACUCCAGUCAGCCCAUAACCAAGGCCAGCAGGGACUCCGGGGCCCUGGACACACCUGUGGAGAACACCGCCAGGAUCCAGAACCACUGCCAGGAGCCCUACUACCAGGCAGUGCCCCCAGGGACACCUGCCUGCCCAGCCCAGGGAACCUGGAAGGAUGGACGGCCAAAGGAGGAGGUGCCUCAGUGUGUGCCCGUGUGCGGGCGGCCAGUCACCCCCAUUGUCCAGGACCAGACGAGCCGUGGCUCCUCCAAAGCUCAGCUGGGCAACUUCCCCUGGCAAGCCCUCACCAGCAUCUACGGCCGCGGGGGCGGGGCCCUGCUGGGCGACAGGUGGAUCCUGACGGCGGCCCACACCAUCCACCCCAAGGACAGCGUCUUUCCGGAGAAGCCCCGGAGUGUGGAUGUGUUUCUGGGCCACACGGACGUGGAAGAGAUGAUCAAGCUGGGAAACCACCCCGUCCGCCGGGUCGUUAUGCACCCGGAUUACCGUCCAGAUGAGUCCCACAACUUCACCGGGGACAUCGCCCUCCUGGAGCUCCAGCAGAGCGUCCCGCUGGGCCCCCACCUCCUCCCUGUCUGUCUGCCAGACAACGAGACCCUCUACCUCAGCGGCAAGUCGGGCUACGUGAGCGGGUUUGGCAUGGCCAUGGGCCGGUUACCCACCAAGUUGAAAUACUCGAGGCUCCCCAUAGCUCCCAGGGAGGCCUGCGAGGCCUGGCUCCGGGAGAGGCAGAGGACCGAGGUGUUUUCCGACAACAUGUUCUGUGUCAGGGACAACACGUGGGAGAACAGUGCCUGCCAGGGAGACAGCGGCAGCGUCUACGUGGUAUGGGAUGACCACGCCCAUCGCUGGGUGGCCACCGGCAUCGUAUCCUGGGGCGUCGGGUGUGGCACUGGGUACAGCUUCUACACCAAAGUGCUCAACUACGUGGACUGGAUCAAGGAGGUGAUGGACAGCACAGAAUGACCCUGCGGUGCUUGGGCGGCACUGUGGGGGCUGGGAGUGAGGGCGGCACGUUGGGCAGGGUGGGCAAAGAAUCCCUAUGCAGAUCUGAGAUGGAGCCACUGUGGGAGAGAGCUCCUCCCCUCAGGCCUGCUCCAUCCCAGGUAGGAAGCCUGGUCCCCAGCCCCACUUUCUCCCUCUGCCUUCCUGCACACUGACACAGGGAAGACCCCGAUGUCUCAGCAUUUUGCACCUUAACCAUCUCCCUCUGCGCUUCGUCCAUUAACACAGCUUCUUCCGUACCUACCUGUGCGAGAGUCACCUGCUCGCCCCCACUCACGUGGAGUGUGACAGGAGCAGCCUUCAUGGCAUUUGCUUCUGGAACAUUCCAAAGACCCUGUAGUUGGCCUCCAAGUUGUCAGACUGUUGGCUUUACCACCUGCCACAACUCCUAGGUGCAGCUACUGUAGCAGCUCUUUUGUGUUUUCUGUCUCCUAUACAACAGGUGCUUCGCAUGGUCUUUCACUUAAUUCUAGCACCAGGUUUGCAAAGGACAUAUCAUAGUCUGUUGUACAAAUAAAGAGACUGCAAAAAGCUUUUUAAAAAGAGACAGUGACUUUGCUCAACUUCCCCAGCUCGCUUGUUGUUUUCAGGAUGCCAGGACACCACUCAGUCGCCCUCCAGCCCUCGAGGGUCAUCCUCUUCCCCCGCCCAGUCCCCAGUCCUCCCUCGCUGGGAAUUUCCACUUCUGUGAAAAGGGUGUCACCUCACACUUGCCCCAUCUCCUACAGACACCUGGCUGAGCCCCACACUGGACUAGAAGCCCCUGCCAAUACUUAGUGUGUGCCUCCAAUUGCUGUGCACUCUGGAGAAAACCAACUCUGUAAUUUUGGUAAAGAUUUGAGAUUAAUCAAAAUUUGAAAGACACAAUAAAAUACAAUGGUUCAAUGAUAAUAGAAAAUGAAUUGUGGGGCGGCGCUGUGGUGCAGUGGGUUAAAGCCCUGGCCUGAAGCGCUGGCAUAACAUAUGGGUGCCAGUUCAAGUCCCGGCUGCUCCACUUCCUGUCCAGCUCUCUGCUAUGGCCUGGGGAAGCAGUGGAGGAUGGCUCAAGUGCUUGGGCCCCUGUACCCACGUGGGAGACCAGGAAGAGGCUCCUGCUCCUGGCUUCGCAUCUGCACAGCUCCGGCUGUUUCGGUCAUCUGGAGAGUGAACCAUUGGAUGGAAGACCUCUCUCUCUCUCU